CAACUAAAAAUUCCUAAUGUCAAGUAUGAUUAAAAAAAUGCUUCCUAGUAUCAUGUCUAGGGUAAAGAAUAAAUUUCUUAAAGGAAAAAUGUAAACUAAUAAUCCCAACUUUAGUCGGUCUUCCACAAACAAUCCCACCUUUUGAAAUUCCAGAAACAAUCCCACUUUUGAUAGGGAUCUUCCACUAACAAUCCUUGACCUGUUGGAUUGUUUUGCUAAGCGGUGUUAUUAGGUUACAAGACACGUGUUGACUAUUGACUGGUUUAUUCUAUUUUUUAAUAAUUAAAAAAAAAACUAAUUAAAAAAAACAAAACCCCCAUCCACCUGAACGACCCCCCUUCCCUUCCUCAUCCUGCCCCUGCCUUCCCCAACAACCCAAUCAACCAAUCGGAAGCAUGGAUGGUGAGUGUGGGGUUUUCGGCCUUUACCUUUUGGUGCUGCUAGAGGUUGCAUGGGUGUUAGGGGGCUUGCUGGUAGAGUAGUGGAAAGGUGUUUAUGGCUGGUGGUGUUUUUUGAGGGUUGUGAUUGGUGAUGGCUGGGUGAGUGGUGGCCGAUGACGAGUGAGGAGUUGAGGAGGUGGUGGACUGGGGCGAUCACUAGAGGCAUUGGCCGUUGGGGUAGCUUUGUUUGGAUUGAUGAGAGUUAAUGAUGUCUACUUUAGUUCUUAGUCAUGGGUCGUGUUUCAUUUAUUGUGCACGUUUUGUGUUGGAGUGAAUGUAAUGAGGAGACAGUGAAUUCUCACAUAGAUAUGGAUCUUUUUUUACUGAACACUGAUAUCUCAUAUAAUAUACUGUCUCGACUGCCUGCUGAUAUAUUGGUCCAGCUGAAGAUGGUCUCAAAAGGGUGGCAGCACUUCAUUGCAGAUCCUGAUUUCAUGCGCUUGCAGAUGAAGACGGCAGAACCAAUUUCGAUUUCAGGAUACUUCUUCCAGGAAAAGUAUCUGUACUGUGAUAUUGAUGUUGAAAAGCUCAGUUACAUUCCCAUUAAAGCCAAGGAAACCAAAAUUUAUCAGAAUAUCCUAGAGUUUUUGCCUGAGAAGGUUACUAUUUUGGGAUCAAGCAAUGGUCUAGUCUGCUGUAGGAGUUGUAUCCCUUCUCCCGACCCAUUGAUAUACAUCUGCAAUCCUGUGAGUAAGAAAUGGAUGACUGUGAAGUGGGAUAGAAUCAACAGGAAGGACUAGAUUGCUUUCUCAUUCGAACCAUCUUCUACUUCCUCCAUGAAUGAGAUCACAUUCUAUAAUCUAGUUAGGGUGUUUGAAGUUGAUGUGUAUACUUCUGGGAAUGAAGAAUUCUACUUCACUUUUGAAACAUACAAUUGGGAAAGAAGGGUAUGGGUUAAAUCUAAGGAAAUUUGUCAUUGUGAAGAUUCUUUGUGCAUCACCAAAUAUGUUUUGGUUAAGGGUAUUUUAUACUGGCUGACAGAUGGUCACAUACUUCUCAUGUUCGACAUUGCAAAUGAGCUCUCUUUGCUCAUUACUCUCCCUAUUCCUUUCACUCAAGGUAAGCUCCCUGAAAUUUGUCUUGGAGAAUUUGAUGGAGAGCUGCAUUGUAUAGUGGUAUCAUCGGAAGGACUAAUGAUUUGGGCCCUUGAAGACUGUUUCAGCUCCAACUGGGACCUCAGGUCGUUCAUAUCCUUCAAGGUGAUGGAGGAAGAAAAUCCACAAUAUCUAUGCAAUUUGGCAGAAAGAGUUUCAACAUCUGUUGGAGAGAAAGUCCCAUGGAUGCAACUUUUGGCGUUCAAAGAUGGCAAACUGUUCUUAAGGGUCUCCAAUUCUGCCUACUCUUUUGACAUUCAGAGAAGGAGGAUUUGUUUUCUGUGCGACAUGUUUGAUCUUGGUCAUGAAUUUGUUGGUGCAACAGUGGUUCCAUAUUCUGUCACUAUGGCAUCAGUGGCUGAUUCGUAGAUGGUUUAUCUGCCCCUUCUUAUUUUUGGGUACACAUAUGUUGCAACUGUGCAAUUGGUGUUACUAGGUUCUUCCUGUUAUAUAGUUACUAGCUUUUUGUUCCAAAAAUACUGCAUAUGGCUGCCAAAAUUCUGGUGAAAAAUCGUAGUUUUUCAGAGAAGUCACAGUACAUUUAGUUGUACAUGUGGUUGAUGCAGUAAUCUUAUUGUUCCAGAACAUACUGUAUUCGGCUGCUGCCAAAAAUCUGGUGUAGAAUCCGUAGUUUUUGAGAAAAGUCACAGUACAUUUGGUCGAUAAAUGUGGUUAAUGUAGUAAUGUUUUGCAGCCUUAUCUAUUUUAAUGGAAUGCUAGACUUAAAUUU